GAAAGAGUCAACUUCAAAUGGAACAGGAAAGAAACGAAUGUCGCUGUGUGAUUCGAAGCCACUCGAUUUGACCGUACGAAUAAAGCAGUUCCCGCAAAAUGCAAAUGGUAGUAGCAGCAGCAGCUGUGACUGCGCAGAUGAGGAUAACAUUGCCAAUACACCUCAUCGAUGCCAGCAAUGCGAUUUUGUGCCUGCCAGUGCCAGUCAAUUGGCACAACACGUUCGAGUCAAUCAUGCUGCAAUUCAAGCUUAUAUUUGCCGGAUUUGCGGCUACAAAGGAUACUCGUUGCGUGGAAUCCGCUCACAUCUCAGGCAACUAUUAUUAUAAUU